AUGCUGCACGAAAUCCUUCUUUCCCUCUCCGGCCAGCCGUCGCCUCUCCUUGACCCUGAGGUGGCUGGAGCUGGCUCUUCUUCAGAGUCGUUUCCGCUGCUGUCACCUCCCGAGAAGGCCCUCCUGGCAUCUCUCGCACGCCUGAGCCGUCUGCACUCCCUCUUGCGCGCCCAUACCUCCCGAAUAUCCUCUUCGCAUCCUUCGACGAUCUGCCGGGCAGUGUCCUCCUCCAUCGCGACAGAACAUCUGGGCAGGUUUCAGAAGAAGAUCCUGGAGGUGGAGAAGGCAGUGCUGGGCAAGGACAGCGGAUACGUGGGUGGCUAUGGGAUCGUUCCCUUGUCGACGAUUGUGUCCGAGUUUGCGCCCUGGACACGAAGGCUGGAAUGGCUGUGGGAGGUGGCACGGUUCAUGCAGCCAGAAUCGGCUGUCCAUGGGGAAUCAGGGAUGUGCAGUGGCGCCCGUCUCAUCGACUACCUUCGCGCCGAGUCCCAUACGGGUUAUCUGGAUCUGGAGGAAAUCGCGCUACAGCUGAUAAAGGCGGCUGAGACUGCCUGGAUGAGGCAAUUGUCGAUGUGGCUACUAUACGGAGACUUGCCUACGUUUGGCAAGGAUGACUUUUUCAUACAAGCAAGCGAACCCGACGGCGAUGGUGACGAGGGUGCUUCCUCUCAGGGGGUUGUGGAUUUUGUCAUACACGCGGACCUCUUACCAAAAUUUGUUUCUCCAGCCACUGCGUCUUCGAUCCUUUUCAUCGGGAAGUCUUUGAACCACAUCCGAGGACGUCGAAACCGUUCUGCGGCCGAUACUUCGCCAAGCUCAAUUACGGGGAUAACGUUGGCGAGCGAUCAUAUUCGUCACCUGUCGUCUCUGAAAUCGCCGAUCUCACCUGCGGCUCUGUCGAACGCUGUGACUGCAAUAAGGCUGUCACUGUCACAAACCGCAUUAUCAAAGCUUUUGCCUCUGCCCAAGAUUCUCGAGAUUUUAAAUCUGAUCCAUGACUUCCUUCUUCUGGGGCGGGGUGAAUUUGCCAUGGCGCUGGUCUCCCAUGCGGACUCGCGAGUCCAAGCCAGACAGAGGAGGCCCGAACCAUCUCGCAGGGAUAAGACUGGCGGGCUGGACGGCGUCGUGAUCAAAGAAGGAGAGGUCAUGGCAGCUUUAGCAGAGACUUGGACCGAACUGUAUUCCCUCCAAAAUGAGGAGGACCCAGUUGAUGAAGAACUAGACCUAGCCCGCGAAUUGCUACAUUUGUCCAUCAACAAUAACAAGAAGGGAGGCCGCACGAUGACUCCUUCUCGAGACGUUGCAGGCACCAACUUGACUGCCGAAAUCUCCAGCGUCUCCUUCGAUGAUCUCCUGUUUCCUGCUUCGACCUCUCUUUCCUUGCGAGUCCAGCCUCCGAUCGAUCUCUUCCUAGCGCCUUCGGAUAUCUCAGUGUAUUCGAUAAUCCACUCCUAUCUUCUCGGUAUCCGCCGGGCUCAAAUUCGUCUCAGCAAUCUCUGGAAACAUUCCUCCAUGAGACGCAACCAUCCAGCCCCGUGGGGUCCGCCCAGAAGUAAUACCCGAGGUGGAGAGAGCCGAUUGCGAUCGCAACGGCAGAGACAGAAUGCUCGAUCAGUGCAAAUGCGCCCGGUCUGGGCGACUGCGAGCGCCGCGACUUUUGUCCUGUCAGAAAUCGGGGGUUACCUACAGGGCGAAGUAGUCCAAGCAUCUUGGCAACACUUCCGGGAGUGGCUCGAAGGAGCGCCUCUUGGCUCAGGAUCAGCGUCACGUCCAGCUUCACGCCCCGGAACAGCUUCACGUCCUGGGACCGCCUCGCGCCCUGGAACCGCCUCACGUCCUGGAACAGCCUCACGUCCUGGAACGGCCUCGCGUCCAGGAACAGCAUCGCGCCCUAGGACGGCGUCAAUGCCGAAGUAUUAUUAUGAGGAGAGCAUUCUUUCCAUAGAUACAGCAGCAACAAGACAAUCCACACAGCAGCAGCAUGAUCCCGAGACCUUGACGGUGGCACAUCGCCGCUACCUUUCGUCUCUGGUCCAGUACCUCUUUCUAACAGAGGUGCCUUUCACCAGCGCCCUGCGCUCCUUCCUCACGAGCGUCGACCAUCUCAUUGCAUUGGUUUCUCGACUGGAGACCGUACAGCGGAAUCUCGACCUGGAGAUGGACGAAGGCGUGGUGGAUGCGCUCGCCGACUACGGCCAGGAAGAGCGAUCACUGCUGCAGGACCUGCGCGAGGCGCGGGAGGAAGUCGAGACGGGCAUCAAGGAGAUCGUGGCGCGACUGCGCGAUAUCGACGACAGCCGGUCCGGCGAGGGACGGAAGUUGUUCGACCUGGCGACGACAGCCACAGCAGCCACCAUCACCACCACCAGUCACCCGAGUCAACAAGGGCGGAGCGGGCCUUUCUCUCCUGCUGCCACUGGAGGGGAUCAGAACAUGUAUAUCCCGCGCAAGGCGGCAGGGGUAGACCGGCUAUUGAUGAAGCUGGAUUUCGGAAGCUUGAAUGAUGGCAGUGGCGCGCAGUAUUUUCAGCAGCCGAGCUCUGCGUUUCUCGAGUAUGGCGAGGAGUGA